AUGGCUGACGAAGAAGACUAUUCCAGCUUGCCUGUGGAAGAUAAGAUCGUCCAUAAAGUCUGGAAAGUAAGACAAGACGGGUACACCGCGCUUAACGACCAAUUUACCAAAUCCAGAAGCCCUGAAGACCCAUGCUUCUCCAUGUUCAGCCAGAAGCCUGAACUUGUUAAGCUGGUCGUGACGGAUUCUAACGUUGUGGCUCAGGAAGGAGGCCUUCAAGCUUUAUGUCUGUUUCUUGAAUACGGUGGAACUUCAGCGAACGCUACGAAAUUGAAGAAUGCUGGUCUUAUAACCAGUCUAUGUGAGAAGGGUCUUUCUUCUUCCAGAGCAGGAACCAAAACAAAGACUGUGGAGGCAAUUCUAUGGUUGGUGGAGCUCUUGAAUAGUGGCGACUCGGUGGUGGAGCUGAUUGUGCCUUUUUUCGAUAAUAGGCUUCCAAAACUUGUGGCUGCAUCUGUGAAUGCUGUGUACUUUAUAAUUGAGCAGUUUGGAUGUCAAGUUGCAUCUCCAAAACCCGUUAUUCCCAAAUUGGCUAAGUUGUUUUCUCAUGCCGACAAGAAUGUUCGGGCACAAGCUACAAAUCUUACCGUGGAGAUCUAUAAAUGGAUGGGCCAGGGCCUUACACUGGUGUUAAUGGAUAGCUUGCGUCCUGUGCAGCAGAAGGACCUUCAAGCUGAUUUUGAAAAGGUUGCUGGUGAUAAACCAGAGCAAAAGAGACUCACAAGGAAACAGAAGGAGGAGUUGGCUGUGCAGCAGGAGACUAAUGAUAAUGAGGAUGUGGAUAUGGAUGCCGAUACUGUUCAAGAAACGAAUGGCGUUGCUGCAGAGGAGUUUGACCCUUUCCUGAUGUUAGAGCCUGUAGAGGUGCUUCUGAAACUACCGUCGGAUUUGCAUACGCAAAUGGCUUCUUCCAAGUGGAAGGACCGUAAAGAGGCGCUUGAUGAAGUACAUGCUGUGCUCUCCAAGGCUCCAAAACUUGCCCAAGAUGAUUACACUGACCUUGUUAGAAUAUUUGCCAAGUGCAUGAAGGAUGCCAAUAUCCAGGUUGUGCAAUUGGCUGCAAAUGCAGUGGAGUUCUUGUCUAAGGGCCUUAAGGAAGGUUUCCACAAGUACCAGCACUUAGUUGUUGGGCCAAUGAUUGAAAGGAGCAAGGAGAAGAAACCAUCUGUGGCAGAUGCCUUGGCAAAUGCGCUAGAUGCCAUUUACGAAUCUUCUUCAUUGAAUGAUGUGCUUGAUGAAAUUAUUAAUGGAAUGAAGCAUAAAACGCCGCAGGUCAAGAUCUCCUCAACGGAUUAUCUACGUCGCUGCUUGGCCAACACAACUGUUCCACCCAAACGCUCACAAAUUGAUGCUAUUAUGGAAUCAGGAGUGAAACUUUUAAGUGACUCUCAGGAGCCUAUCAGACAAGCUGCUACGGAUAUGAUUGGUACAUUAAUGAAAAUAACUGGCGAAAGAGAACUUUUGGGCCUUUUAGAAAAGAUUGACGAGAAUAGGCUAGCGAAAGUCAGAGCCGCUCACGAUAAAGCUCAAGUGAAAUGCACAGCCAGUGCUGCUCCACUGCCUCAACGCAAAGCACCACUGCAACCUAGUCGAACCGUUCCAGCAUCAUCGGCAAGCAAGAUUUCCUCGGUUCCUCUGCUUCGCAAGCCACCUACUUCUUCUCAGGCGAUUCCAUCAAAGCGUGGAGCGACUUCUCCUGCCAAGAAGGCCGAAACUUCCAAACUUCCCUCUUCUGUGAGAAGUCUAACUGGGAGACUGUUGGUGUCUCCAUCUACGAAACCGGCCACUACUGCGCCCGAACCAGUUUCUAAAGGACCAUCUAUCAGCGCCCAGGAACUCCAAGAACUCGAAAGUCUCAGAAAAGAAAAGCAAGAGCUUCCUGCUCAGAACAGACGUCUUAGUGACUCACAGUCGCAAUGGGAGAUCGAAAAGCAGCAAUGCUAUGAUCAGAUCAGGCAGCUACAGACGCAAUUGGAGAACCUUCAAGAUGAAAGUGCUACCAAACGUCAAGAGUUGAUCGAUAAAGACGCAGAAAUCCUCCAUUGGAAGAACGAGUCCGGAAACUACAAACUCAAGAUUCUCAGUAUGGAGCAGGUGAUCCAGAUGUUGAAGCUUAAUCCUUCUGCCAAUACGGAUACGCUAAUCGAAGAGAGAAGGUCAGAUCCACCACAGCCAUUGUUCUCCCCAACCAGGACAGUGGAUCUUCAAGCUGAAGAGCCCCGGGGAGCCAACAACGAGCUCAGUUCAAGAGUUGAUCGUUUAUCGAUUGAAGGCUCACAUGCCUCCACGAACCAUUCGCCAGAGACGCAAAGAAGUAACUACGCCAGUCCUUCCAGACCUGAAACGUACCGCCGUACAAGCAACUACAGCACGACAAGCUCCAAAGAAAACGUAUCUGAGGACGAUAAUUGGAAAAAGGCCGCCGAAGUGACAGCACAGUUGAAGGCCAGAAUCGAAAAGAUGAAGCAGAGAAACCGUCUUUCUUUGAACCGGCCGUGA